AAGAGCUGCAAACCAGCGUCCGCAAAAGUUAUAAGACUCAAAAAUCCAAAGACCGGCAACGGUACUCGGAACUCCGUUCGGACUAUUAUGUAAGAUUAGGCAAUCUGCGAACAUACAUCCACAUCCAUCCAUCCACUUACAUACUCGCUCGCCCAACUCCCCCACUUUGGCGGCUGAUUCUAUUUGGCAAGUUGCACUUGAGUGAUUUUUCGGGCUUCCAAAAAACGGAAAACCAACAAACCUUUGAACAGACGUGCAAUAUGUAAAGCGGCCCAAAUGACGUAGCCGAGAAAACCCGACAAAAGCUGUAAGCCAAAGAUCGCGCAAUAUCGAAAACCAUUAUCGAAAGUGAGACCAAGACAAAACCUCGAAAAUACUAAAAAAAUAAAAACUGAACAGUGCGAACCGUUUUGUAGUGUUUUGAGACCAACACAUUUCGGAUCCGGAUCGUCAACUUUUAUGGCCAUCGUCGGGAAAAUUUGCUAAGCCCACCGAAAUGGGCCAAGUUUUUCGGUGUCAGUUGGUCAAAGUGCGUGAACUGUGAACUAUUCAAAGUGAUUCGCGGUUGUGGGUGUGAAGAAAAGCGCGUUGGAAAAGCCAAAUUACAUUGAGCAGGUCAGUGCGGAAAUUGUAGUGGAUUUAAAGCGAUAAAGGGAUUAAAAUCAAAGGAAUUUUUACGAAAGAGCUGCCAGUCGAGUGACGGACAUGAAGAUGUGCAGAUUGCUUAACACAAAGCUGCUACUCAGGAGAAUUCUUCUUCUGCUUCUGAUGAUGCUGCUAAUGGAAUUGCAGCCCAUCAGUGGUUUGGAACAAAGCACCGACUAUUCGGUGGUUAGCAAAACGGCGGGUGUGGCCACCACCACUUCGGCACCACCCACUUUGGUGCCACCACAUCGGAUCUUUAAAGGUCGCAUUCAAACCACCACACCUUCGCCGAGAACCACUCGUCCCUUGGCCACAGGAUCUGAAGCCCAACAGGAACUGGUUAAGAUCUCUUCGAAAUCGUAUAUUUCUGGACCCACUACACAACCCUCAAAGUUGUCGAAGAGAGCAGGAUUGGCAGGUCCCAAGAAAUUCCCCAAGGAUGUGCGCAAUCGCAGCAGCAGUGCUGUGGAGCGCAAUAAAUUGCAGCACGAGGUGCCCGAUCACGUGCCCGACUCCUCUGGCUAUAUACCCCAUCGUAUUGGCCAUCCUGUGCAUUUGGACUACGGUUCUACAGGUGUGGAUUCAAGUGGGGCUCCCACAGGCAGCGCGGGAUAUCUUGCGGCGCCCUAUGAAAACAGCAAGUGGCAGGAGGAGUACUGGGAUCAGGAAUACGCGGGACAUCAGCACCAACACAAUGGCACCAGAGUUCAGCAUAUCGAAGCAGAAUGUCAAGAUGACUACAUGAAAAUACGAAUUGGUUUCAAUGGCUCCUUCAGUGGUUUACUAUAUUCGGCUGGCUAUGCCUACGAUCCGGAUUGCAUGUACAUCAAUGGAUCUGGUAGAGAUUACUACGAGUUUUACAUUCAGUUAAAUCGAUGUGGAACGUUGGGAAAGAAUUCCCUGCAAGAAGAAAGUCGCAAGAAUCCCACGAACUUUAUGUGGAACACGGUAACAGUUCAGUAUAAUCCAUUGAUCGAAGAGGAGUACGAUGAGCACUUCAAGGUCACCUGCGAGUAUGGCUAUGACUUCUGGAAGACUGUAACCUUUCCCUUUCUAGAUGUGGAAGUGGCUACUGGCAAUCCCGUGGUCUUCACAUUGAGUCCCCCUGAAUGUUAUAUGGAGAUCCAGAAUGGUUAUGGCAUUGGAGGUCCCCGUGUGACGGGUCCAGUGCGUGUGGGCGACCCUUUGACCUUGAUCAUCUACAUGAGGAGCAAAUAUGACGGCUUCGAUAUCGUGGUCAACGAUUGUUAUGCCCACAAUGGCGCCAACAAGCGGAUACAGCUCAUCGAUCAGCACGGCUGUCCGGUGGAUGACAAGCUCAUCUCACGCUUCAGGGGCUCCUGGUCGGAUUCGGGAGUGUACGAGACGCAGGUGUACGCGUACAUGAAGACCUUCAGGUUCACUGGCUCCCCGGCGCUCUAUAUCGAGUGCGAUGUGCGGAUGUGCCAUGGAAGGUGUCCAAGCCAACCAUGUCACUGGAGAAAUCUAAAGGCGGUGACCAAGCGGGAUACCUCUAAUAUGACAGCCACAAAUCUCUCCAUACCACCAUUAUCCGCCGAUGGCGAAGGACUGACCACUGAGAAUCCACCAUCUAAUUCCCUAUCUGAAAAUGUAAAUCUCUUCCAAUCGCUGCGUGUUUUACAAGAGGGUGAAACCGAUGGCGAUGAUGUGUAUGCCCAUCGACAGACGAAACCCCUGGCACCACAUCAAACCUGCCUGAAGACAUCCACAUUUUCGGCACUAACUGCUGGCUGUUCAGCGGUAUUAUGCGUGCUCACAGUUACCCUUUUCAUUGCCUGUUCGCGGUUAAAGCGUCGCAAGGAGUCCUCACUGUACGACUCGUAUAUAGCACACAAAGGACAAAUCGAUUGAUGACCAUUGCAAUUGGCCAACAGUUUUGGCCCUGUUCUGAGCACAUUGUGUAUAUAGCUUAUGGCCCACGAAAUUCUGUUUUAGUUAGAGAUAAGUUUACUGUAGUCUUUUUUGUAGGUUCAGCGUGCUAGUGUUAA